AGGCGCCGGGCGAAGGAGUGCGGCUCGGCAGCGGUGACAGAGGAGCGCAGCUCACCGAGGGAGGCGGCAGGCGGCAUGGGCGCGGGCCCAGCGCUGGUCGCGCUGCUGCUGGCCGGCUCGGUGCUGAGCGCCACGCUGCUCGCCCCCGGCCGCCGGGCGGAGCAAGAUGUAGAUGAGAAGAGGCCUGUGGAGCUGAAGAUGGAUCAGGCUCUGCUUCUCAUCCACAAUGAACUAUCGGGAACAAGCCUAACCGUCUACUGGAAAUCUGAGUCCUGUUACCAAUGCACCUUCCAGCCUCUGGCGAACGUCUCUCACAGUGGCAAACCUGCGAAGCCAAGCGUUACGGCCGUCUCCGUGAGCACCCAGCACGGGUCCAUCCUACAAGUCAAUUACACCCAGGGAGAGACUGCAGCUUGCAGGCUGGAAUACAAAUUUGGAGAAUUUGGAAACUAUUCCCUUUUGAUCCAGCAUGCUUCCCCUGGAGCCAGUGAAGUCGCCUGUGGCCUAGUUGUCAACGAGAAUCCAGUCGACAGUAACCUUCCUGUGAGCAUUGCAUUCCUUGUUGGUCUAGCCCUCAUCAUCGCGAUAUCUUUCCUGAGGUUCUUACUGAGUUUGGAAGACUUCAAUAAUUGCAUUUCUAAGGCAAUAACUUCUCGAGAAACUGACCGCCUCAUCAAUUCUGAGCUAGGAUCCCCAAGCAGAGCAGACCCCCUCAGUGAUGACUGUCAACCAGAAACGCGACGCAUGCCUGCCUCGCCUUACCGUCUCCGAUGUGUGGACACAUUCAGGGGGCUAGCCCUCAUCCUCAUGGUCUUUGUCAACUAUGGCGGAGGAAAGUAUUGGUACUUCAAGCAUUCCAGCUGGAAUGUGUCUUGGGAUAUGGUGCGGAUCCCCGGUGUCCUGCAGCGGUUGGGAGUGACGUACUUUGUGGUCGCUGUGUUGGAGCUCAUCUUCUCGAAGCCUGUCCCUGACAGUUGUACCUUGGAGAGAAGCUGCCUUUCUCUUCAGGACAUCACUUCCAGCUGGCCCCAGUGGCUCGUCAUUAUGAUACUUGAAAGCAUUUGGCUGGCUUUGACGUUCUUUUUACCUGUCCCUGGGUGCCCUACUGGCUACCUUGGCCCUGGCGGUAUUGGGGACUUGGGGAAGUACCCUCGCUGUACUGGAGGAGCAGCUGGCUACAUUGACCGCCUACUUCUGGGAGACAAUCAUCUGUACCAGCACCCCUCCUCCACUGUCCUUUAUCACACUGAGGUGGCCUACGACCCGGAAGGAAUCUUAGGGACUAUCAACUCCAUUGUGAUGGCAUUUUUAGGAGUUCAGGCAGGAAAAAUACUCCUGUAUUACAAGGACCAGACGAAAGCCAUCCUGAUGAGAUUUGCUGCCUGGUGCUGUGUCCUUGGGCUUAUUUCUAUUGCUUUGACAAAAUUGUCUGCAAACGAAGGCUUUAUUCCAAUAAACAAAAACCUCUGGUCCAUUUCGUACGUCACCACCCUGAGCUGCUUUGCCUUCUUCAUCCUGCUCGUCCUGUACCCCGUCGUGGAUGUGAGGAGGCUGUGGACAGGAGCCCCGUUCCUUUAUCCAGGGAUGAAUUCUAUUCUGGUGUAUGUUGGUCACGAGGUGUUUGAGAACUACUUUCCCUUCCGGUGGAAGCUGGAGGAUGACCAGUCACACAAAGAGCAUCUAAUUCAGAACAUGGUCGCCACUGCUGUCUGGGUGCUCAUUGCCUACGUUCUCUAUAAAAAGAAGAUCUUCUGGAAAAUCUGACAGCACUCCCUGAUAGGCUUUGCUGGAGGAGCCCAGCGGCCCUGGGAGAAGGACGGAACUGUCUUUAUUAAAGGACUCCUCCCCACAAAAGGGACGUACUUACGGAAGCUGUGUCCUGUGUCGAGCUGACUUGCUUAGCCAUCAGAAAGCUGCCUGUAUGUUUUUACUUAUAUAUUUACAUAUUUGUUAUGUUCGCCCUUUUCUUCAUUUUCUAUGAAAUUGAUAUUUUUGGAACGUGUGUGGAGGGGUUUACAAUGAACAUUUUGCUUCUGUAAUGUGCUGGGUUUGACUCAGAGGUAGAAUGUUUUCCUAACUUGGACAAUUUGAUCUCUGCACCACAGACAAGCAAACCACAACAAGAACACGAAAACCCAAAGGACCACUUCUUAUUUCCUGAAAACUGCCUUCCUCUGUGUAUAUGCAUGCCAACAAAAAUACCACGGUUUCUGUUGUAAGACUUAUAUAAAGCUUUUUAAA